CACACACUCCACAGCAGCCCAAAGAGGCAUACAGAGCCUUCUCCUUAAAUGGUCAAAGCUCCCAGGAGUGAAAGAGAGGCUGCUGCUGAAAAAAGACAGGGAACAGAGGGGACGGGAGAGGGAAGGAGAAGCCCGAGGAUAGAAAGGGCUUUCUGUGUAAAAGGCUGAGAAUGACAGUUUGACUGUGGGAAGCUGCUUUGAGCGGGGAGGUCAGCAAGAGUGCGUAUCUCUACAACGCAAGCGGAGGACUCAGGUCCAGAGAGAGGCGGGACUCUUGUUUCAGGGAUCUCUGAGUGAACAUAAGAGCGCAGAGCCCUGUGACCCUCCCUCUGCUGCGGAGAGACCCUUUAUUUUCCCCCACACCCGCUCACGCCCCUCAGUUCUCCCCGUCAUGCCCACACUCCCUGAGGAAGAGGAGGAUUCCCCUGAAGAGCUGGACAGUUCCUCUAGCUCCCCCAGUACAUCCACACCAGGCGAAAGCCGAGCCGUUGUCAUGACCGCCCCCACUAUCGUCUUCCCACAGCAGGCUACUAUUGUGCAACAUGAUGGACGGCCUCUAGAGCAGGCCAGACCACACAGUCCCCGAGCUCGCCUGGCCAGAAACUCCUCUGGAGCACCCAUUACCACAGUUGACAGCACAGGUAAUGUGAUUGACCUGGUGAAGGACCCGCUGCCGGAGCUGCAGCUCUCCGAGGAGGACCGGCAGAAGAACCUGGAGCUGCUGGAGCAGGCAAAGAAGGUCAGCGACCGCUUCCUUACUCGCCGGGGCCGCAGGUCCACCAGCAGCCUCACUGACUCGCCGACAGGUAGUCUCAGUCCAACUCCAACUCCAACUCCAUCUUCCUCACCAUGUUCAUCUAGAAGUCCCUCACUCACUGUGCCCCCUCAAAUUACAGUGGGACCCACAGAGGCGACCCAUGCCGGCUCACCAUCUGCUGGUCAGCACCUGGAGGUUCCAUCGGCGAGGGAGCAGCCCAGUGUCGCCACCCAGGAGCAGGAGACCCCGAGACUUUUGGUGGAUUGGAAGCCCACGGAGAAACGGAAAGUGUCCUCUGGCACCCUGACACCUCGUUUUGCAGUUCAGAAGGAGAACUGUGAUCCUUGUGUGAAGAGUCCCGGUCCCUCAGCAGUCAAUAAAGCAGAUGAGGGAGCUGCUCCAGGCCGAGGCCCCUGUCAGGCCCCAGCCACAGGGGUGGCCAAGCCUGUCCCCCGGCCCCCCACUCAGCAGGCUCCUUGUACAGCUGAGAUCAAGACGAUUGGAGCCUUCCCUCCACUAAUGAGAGCUGUCUCCUGGGACACAGUAGGAACCCUUAAUACCAAAAAUGGAGCCCCCAGUUUGCCCCCAAUGGCAGAGGAGAACAGCUCUCCCGCGGACAAGCCUUGGGACGCUCUGUUCAAAUCCUCAGGGUACAAGGACCUCCCAGCCCAGCCUGGAGGUGUACAGAAACUGUCUAAACUCCGAGAGGAGCAUAAGCUGAUGCGGAACCAAAGCAUGAUUGGAUCUAAGUUGCCAGACUUGAGUGAAACUGCUGAACAGGAAAAAGGCACUCCAACCUCUCCAGUCUCCCCCGGUGCUGAGGAGACUAAGGAGAAAUCUGAUGCCAUGCCAAACAUCUCAGAUAUCAUGCUAAGAAAACUCAAGCUUCAUCGGGGUCUCCCAGGCUGUGCACCUCCACUCACUGAAAAAGAAGUUGAGAACGCAUUCAUUCAGCUGUCGCUGGCAUUUCGUAACGACAACUACACUCUGGAGACCCGACUCAAGCAGGCAGAGAGGGAGCGCAACCUGACGGAGGAAAACACCGAGAAGGAGCUGGAAGAGUUCAAAGGUGCUUUAAAGAUGACAGCACCGCAGUGGCAGAGCUUGGAGCAGCGCGAGGCCUACCAGCGUCUCAUUGAGACGGUGGUAGUGCUGCACCGCCUGGCCACACGGCUCUCCAGCAGGGCCGAGAUAGUUGGAGCGGUUCGACAGGAGAAACGCAUGAACAAGGCCACCGAAGUCAUGAUGCAAUAUGUGGAAAAUCUGAAGAGGACCUAUGAGAAGGACCACGCAGAACUGAUGGAGUUUAAGAAAUUGGCCAACCAGAACUCAAAUCGCUGUUAUGGAGGGUCUGUCGACACUGGAGAUGACGGAGUUCCACGGCCAUCGAGAUCCAUGUCGCUCACACUUGGAAAGGCACUGCCUAGGCGUAGGGUGAGUGUGGCGGUGGUUCCUAAGUUCAACCUCCUGAACAUCCCUGGUCAGACUCCAGCCACCGCAGGCCCGGGCCCCAACCCCACCCCAGCUGCCCCCGCUGGCCCUGCUGCUGCUGCUGCUGGCCUUCCUGUCCUGUGUGAGGCCAAUGAUAUGAAAGGUAAUGCUUCCUCGGAGGCUGCACAACCGACAACAGAAUGUGGAAAGAGUGCGUCAGAGCAGGAAGGUGAACCAUCUGUACCAGCCAAGCCUUCCAUCAACUUGGAGGAGAUCAGAGCCGAGAUCAGAGCAGAGAUCAAGGCAAAGAUCGAGGAGGAGGCUUAUAGCAAAGGCUACCAAGAGGGACUAAAGCAAAGCAAAGAGCUCCAGGAAGUGAAGGCAGAAGAGGAGAAAGUUGAGGAGAAAUUGCUGGAGACAGAAAGCAAGGAUGAAGAGGGUGGAAAAAAGAUUAAGACAAACAGGAUGGAGGAGAUCCUGCUCGUCCUUGACCGCUUUUGCCCCAAGAUUUCUUGGAAUAACCGAGUGCUCUGGGCUGUCCUAACGUUGUUCCUGGUGACAUUUCUGAUCGUCAACCUUUUUACCUACUUCAGCGACUACUCCAGCAGCUAUGGGGACACGUCGGCAGAAAAAGACAUUGUCCAAGGCCAGAAGACAAUCUUUGGACUGAAUGUAGCAGCACAACCAAAGAAGCCCACUACAGAAUAACAGAGAGACCCCCAAGCCGUUUCUCCACGCCACGUCUGCAGGGUCUUACCAUGUCACUACACGAGACCUGACUUGAAUCCACGACUCUGACUUUCUACCGUCAAAGAAUGUAGAUUUGGGAGGCUUCUCUGGGUUUGGUAGUGAAGCCUUUUUCACGGUUAACAUAAUUAAGUUAUAAUUUUCUUUUGCUAGGAAAGUGUCCACGUUGUUCAUAGCAACAAGAGGCAAAAAUAAUUUCUGUGUAGGGACCAAUCAUAUAGUGUGAUGAAAUAUACAUACAGUAUAUAUUUAAAUUAGAUGCAUACUUUAUUAUUAUACGUUUGGUUCAGGUACUCUUGAUGGAGUCAAUGUGGUACUGUGGAUUUUCCUUAAAUGCCACAACAGACAGAAGACAAAGUGUAUAUUUAUCGACACUCUAAUGUUUAAUGUAUAAUCUGUCAGGUCCAGUGGAUGAGAAAGCCCCUGAGAGAUUUUUUUUAGUCAUAUUUAAAGAUAUAGAAAUAAAAAGAAUGUUUGUUUUUCUCUAGCAAAAAUUUCUAUAUUGUGUAUUUAAGCAUUUGACAUUUUGAAGACUGUUAAAAUGUAAGCACAUUCCAAAGUAGAUCCUUAAGUGCAAUAUGUUGCAGCUGAUGGUUUCAUGUGUGUUAUUUUGGUUUGUGUCUUCAGAGCACUGAGAGAUUUUCUUUGUAUGAGAGCACUCUAUAGACAGCAUGAGACUUUUUGAUCUUUGCACAUGUGUGCCUACCUGAUGUUUUUUUUUUUGUUUUUGUUUUUUUUUGUUUUG